GGUGUGAGUCACGGCGGGGCUCGCCUUUAUAACGGCCGCGAGGCUCGCGGGAGCUGCCGCGCCGCCCAUCCGCCCGCCCGCUGCUCCGCGCUCCAGCGAGCGCUCCGGGUCCCCGCGCCCCCAGCCGGCCCCAACGGCCGCCCAGUCCCGCGGGCGCCAUGAGGAGCCCGCGCCGCGCCCCGCUCCUGCUGCUGCUGCUGCUGCCACCGCUGCUGCUCGCGCCCCGCGCCGGCGAGGCCGCCGUGAUCACGGGGGCCUGCGACAAGGACCCCCAGUGUGGUGGAGGCAUGUGCUGUGCUGUUAGUAUCUGGGUUAAGAGCAUAAGAAUUUGCACACCUAUGGGCAAACUGGGAGACAGCUGCCAUCCGCUGACUCGUAAAGUUCCGUUUUUCGGGCGGAGAAUGCAUCACACAUGUCCAUGCCUGCCAGGCUUGGCCUGUUUACGGACUUCAUUUAACCGAUAUAUUUGUUUAGCCCGAAAGUAAUGACGUUAGGGUAGAAACUUUAAAUGUGAAUAGCCAUAUUGAUGUCUGUAAAAUCUCACUUGUGAUUGUGCCAAACAAAUAUUUAAUAAUAUGCCAGAAAGAAAUGCUCUUGCUUUCUCAACUUUCUAAGUAACCUUUUUAUCUUUGAUUUUAAAAUGAUGGUUGGUUUGUUGUUUUCCUUUUUUUUUUUUCUUUCCUGAAAGGGAAUUUUAAUUUUGGAUAGAAAUAUAAAGUAUAAGCCAUUAUGGAACUGGUUCUCAUUUCCCUGUUUGCGUUUUGGUUUGGUUUGGCUUUUUUUAUGUUAACAACUUACCCAUUUUCACAAAAAUGAGGAACAUAAGAAUUUGAUAUUUUGUUACAGAAAUAUUUUUUCUCCCCCUCCCAACCCCACCCCUACCCGUGCUCUAAGACACAUCCACACACAUUUGGUCUCUUCCCUAAUAUUCCUCGAAGACUUACAAAGCUCUCACUUU